AUGGAUAUAUUUUCAUUUGUACCAAAGACGCCAGAUGACAAAAAAGUUUCACAGUUAUUGAAAGAUGUAUAUAAUAAAUACAAUAUAUUAACAAAAUCUUUAAAUAAAAAUUCAAGUAUACGGUUAAAAAAUGAGGAAAUAAAAAAAUUGGUUGUUACAUGGGAAACACUUUUUUCCUAUAGUUAUGUUGUAGAUACUGUUCACAAAGAAAGUAGUAUUAUUGAUAUUGGUUUGAGGCAUCUAAUUGAGCUUGUAACAAUUUCUGAUGAUAUUGUUCCACUAGAAUUUUUUGAAUGGAUUGGUGCAAUUCUUUUUCGAACGUAUUGUUAUGUACCACCAAAUCAUUUGAUAGCUAAGUUGAUUGAAGAUUAUGCACCACAAGUAUGUUCAUUACACAAUAAAGAUACCGAAUAUGAAUAUUUAAGUAGAAUAAAAACAAUCUUUUAUGGAAUACAUGAAGAUGAAUCAGUUGUGACAUUGUUUGAAACUAAUGAAAAUAUAAAUAGUGAUUUAACAAAAGUUGAGGUUAAUGUACAAUGUGAUCAAAGAAAAGUUUAUUUAAAGAGAAUUCUUUUACAAGUCUUGGCUAGUGCAGAUUUUGUUUUUCAGAAAUCAUCUAAUUUUGAAGUUUUGCAUCAACUAAUCAUUCCAGUGAUGGACAUUAUGACAAGAAAAAAUGAACCAGUUGCAACUACUAUGUUAUGCUUAAGAUUUUUAAGCUUAGUUUUACCAUUAAUUGAUCCACUUUAUUCAUUAUCAGGUCAUAUUUACUCGUAUAUUUUUAAAGUUUUUAGAACAAUAGAUGAUGAUUUUAUAGAUUUUGUUGAAGAUAAUUCUUUUGCAUCUUUGUAUAAAGAAAUUGUUGGGUAUGCUUCUAGUGUUCGAGAAUGUUUAUCUAUUUGGUUAUGUAGAGUUCCACAAAAAUAUGGUCCAACACUUCACGAAUUAACUUUAUUUUCAAAAGUAGGAAUAAAAGUACUUUCUUAUGUUAGUUUAUGUUCAAAUCCAUCUGUAGUAAUGACUUCUAUGAUUAGUGAUAUUUGUAAUUUUUUAAUUCAUGCUUCUACUCUACCAACAUAUUCUAAUGAUUACUUUAUAAAUGAAUUUAAAAGUUGUGUUAAAAAAAUGAUAGAAUGUAUUUUUACAAGUGGAAAAAAUAUCCCAAAAAAUGUUAUUCUAGCACUUUUUAAUUUUUAUAUAUCAACAAACGAUGAUUUAGAAACAGAAGAAUUUUUAUCAAAAUUAUGUGAUCAAUCAAAAUCUAUUUUAAAAAGGAUUAAAAAUCAGAAUGCUAUACUAUCGUUGAUUAUGGCAUGUCAAGCUACAGAUACUAUCAAAUGUCAGUUUGUUCCAGAUAUAACACAAAUAAAAAAUAUUAUUACAAAUAUUGUUGAAGAAUGCCCAAAUGAAGAAUCGUUUGAAGAACUAUUUCGUUAUAUUGCUGAAUUUUUACCUUUAUACACGUCAGAUCCUUCUACUUUAUUUUUACUUUUGUUGCAACCUUGGUUGGAUGUAAAAUGUUUAUUUGACAAGGAACCACCUGAAAAAUACUUUUUAUAUCUUGGAAAUAAUACAUUUAUUAAUAGUAGUAAAUUCAAAGCUUUAUCAAUUCCGUGCAUUGUAAAGAUACAACAAGAAAAUGCACUAAGAAGAUCAAUUUAUCAUUAUUCAUUAAUGAAUUCUCCAGAUGAUAUACAACAUAUAGCUUUGGAGUAUGCACCUAUCUUCGUAUCGCAAUGUGGUAAUUCUGUUUUUAACAGUAUUUCAUUUGAUAUAAUGAAAAAAAUGAUGAAUCCUGGAGUAUAUUUAGAUAAAUCGAAAUUAAAAUUAUUUAUUACAUCUCUGUCAGAGAUAAUUUGUGCUUUAGAUAAAAAUAAUGUUUUUGAAAAUAAUAAAAUUAAAUGUGUGUUGUGUACAAAAAAUGAAAAAUCAAAAAAUAUAACAGAUAUUGAGUUAUCAGAAGAAUUUAUAACAUAUUUUGUUAAAAUAAUUGAAGAUGAGAACAAUGAUGAUGAAAUAAGAAUAAAAUUGUCAUCACUAUUAACAUCAAUAUUCAAGCAUACCUCUAUUAGAACAGACUACUUUCUUCAAAUUGCUAAAGGAUUUUUCAAAAUGCUUGGAUACUACAGAUCUGAAAAUUGUAAUUCUAUGAAUGUAUGCUUACAAGAAGUUGUUUCAAGAGACAUACCAAAAGAAAUUCUUUCUAUUCUUCGAACAUCUUUAGAUUCUCUUAAUCCUGAAAAUCAUUAUCCAUAUCUUAAUAUUAUUUCAACAACAAUUAAUGAAGGACCAUUUUUACUUUCAUGUAUUUCUAGGAUGAUCAGUCUUGCUGCUGAUUUUUGUUGUCACGGAGAUAGAACUGUUGUUGACAUGUCUAAAAAAAUUAUUAUUGUUAAUGCAAAAAAAGCUGGAGUUCCAACAGAAACUCUCUUAAAACGAUACAGUCAUUCAGUAAUACCUUUAAUAACACAGAUAAUACUUGAUCGUUUAUCACCAACCUCAAAUCGUCCUGAAAUUCUUUCUGAUAGUGAAAAAGGUAAUUUGAUUAAUAGUUAUUUUCGGCAACUUGCUGAUAUUUUUAAUAUUCAUCCAAAAGGGUCUUCAAAUGAUCGACUAUUAGCUACAGUUAGAGAAACAAUUAAGUAUGUUGUUGCAAAAUUAUUGUUUGUCGAUGAAUCUCAAAAAAAAUCAUCCAAAUAUUUAUUGAAUCAUUUUGCUAGUUAUGUUUUAAAGGAAAGUCUUUCUCAACUUAUAUCUCGUUCUAUCAAUGUGGCGUUUGAAUUUUUUUUUAUGAGUUCAUAUAGACGUGAUUUAGCUUUGAGUUAUAUUGAAGAACUUACCGGAAAAGAAAUAACUUCAAUUAUUUUUGAAAAUAGAUCAUCCCUUAAAUUAACAUUUUUACAAAAUUUAUCACGAAAUAAAGCUACAUGUUUAAAACAUUUAUCAACACUUUUUUGGAAUGAUCGUAAUAAUGCAUUUAGUUUAACUAAAAUUAUAGAAGAAAAUGUUAUGGGAAUAUUUGCUGGUUUUAGAAUGAGUAUUUUAGAAGAAGAACGAUAUUAUCAUCGAAGUAAGGAUCUUCAAUCACUUGCAGUAUUAAUUAGUAUAGUAGAUGAAGAGUUUGUUAAUAAAGUAUCGAAUAAACUUUUAACAUUAUUGCGAUCAUUGUCGAUAUUUGGAGAAAUAGCAAUACCACCGUGGUAUUGUUUUAUGGAAAAAUUGUCUGUUAAAAAAAAAGUUGAAUUAUUGCCAAAGAUUAUAACAUCUGUUGCAAUGCUUCUUCAAUUUCCAACUUCGCAAAGUAUUAUAAAUAAUUUUUUACAAUUACGUUUAAAAGAAAAGUUAUGUGCAGAGGAAAAAGAACGAUUUGAUAGAGUUUUUUCGAUCAUUUAUAUGUGCAAUUUAAAAGAUCAUGGUAAUAAAUUUAAUUCUGAAUUUAUGCAUGAAUAUGGACCAGUAUUAGAUGUUCAGUGUGCACCAAAAGCCACAAUAACAAACUGUGCAAAAGUUUUAUAUGAAGAAGGUUCUGAAAUUGUUGAAAUAACAUUGAAAAGACUUGAUUCAUUAUUAGAUGGAUCUACAAUUGAUGAUCAAUUAUCACAAGAGUUGAUUCCUGCAAUUCUUUAUGCAAUACGUUGUAAUAACAGUAAAAAUAUACGUAAAUUGGCAUGUCUUGUUCUAGGUAAAAUUGGUGCUGUUGAUCCUGGUCGACUGAGAAGCCAUUUUAAAAAUACUGAUGAAUUAAGUUAUGGAAAAAGUAUUGAAUAUGAUAAUUUUAUGGCAGAUACACCACAAGACUUUCUUAUUGAAUUACUCGAAAAUCUUUGUCAACUUCUUUUAGGUUGUAUUAAUGCCAAAGAUACUGAUAAUAUUUCAUAUGCUAUUCAAAAAGUUUUAAAAGAAGUAAUUAAUGGGACUGAAGAUGGAUCUAAAGUAUGGGAAAAAUUAAGUGAAAACUGUAAAACUGAAUUGAAACCAUUUACAAAUUGUGGAUUAUAUUUACAUCCACUUCAAAAAAAUUCUGUUGACAAUAGGAUACCUGUAGUAUCGUAUUUAAUUACUGGUAAUUAUCAUUCUUGGUCAAAAGCAUUUUACUUUACUUUAUCAGAAAAUUUAACAAAUGUUGUUGUAGGAAAAGCCCUUUCGGCUGCAUCUUUUGUUGUACAUGUUGACAAUCCAGAAUUUUUUUUCUAUCUUUUAAAAAAUGUUGUAAUACAAGCAUUUAUUGAAAAAAAUGGUAAAAUUAUUGAAGGGUGUAAAAAAGAAUUUUGUGAAAUUUUUAAACGUUCUUUAACAGAAAGUGGAUGGAUUCGUGUUGCUGCUCAAUCAAUAUUUGCUCUACUUGAUGAAUUAACAUUAUUUGCUUAUAAAAAAAAAGAAUCUGAGAAAAAUGGUUUACAAAGUGAAAUUUUAAAAUUUAUCUACGAUGAUAUUUAUAUUCUUAAAUAUAAUAAUAAAAGAUUGGUAAUAAGUGCUGCUGAAGCUUGUCAAUGUUGGUUUAGAGCUUUAAAACUUACUGAAUAUUUUAUGGAUCAAGAUAGUUGUGAAUUAAGUCAGACUCUUUAUCAUAAUAUUGCUAAAAUAUCAAUGGAAUUGGAUGACUUUGAUAAUACUCUAGGUUGUUAUGAGUGUAUUGAGGAUAAUUUUGUACCUACUAGUGAAGAAACUAUUUUAGCACUAGAAGCUUCUAGAAAUUAUACAGAAGCUUUGGCAUUAUAUGGACAAUCAAAAUCAUCACCCGUUUCUAUGAUUGAUUGUUUACUAAAAAUUGAUCAACCAAAUUUAGCUUUUAGUCAAAUAGCUAGUAUAUUAAAAAGUUACACACUAACAGAAGAUGAUAAAAAAAGACUUGAAGAAAGAAGAAUAGUAACAUUAUGGAAGUUAUCAUAUUGGGAUCAAUUAGAUGAUUCUAUUGGUCAAAGUGGGGAUAUACAAUUUGAAUCAUGGGAAGCUUCAAGUGCUGCAAUAUUCAAUGCAAUUCAUAAAAAUGAUGAAGUUCUUUUAAAUAAAGCUAUAAAUGAUUGUUAUGAUAAGGUGGAAGUAGAAUUAUCUGCUGUAAUUUUACAAAAUAGAGAAAGUUAUGAACAAGCAUAUCGUUACAUUCAAAAAUUACAUAUGCUUUUUGAAAUUAGUGAUUCAAAGAGAUUUUUAUUUGUUGAUGCUAAUGAAAGUAUAACAAAACAAAAUAAAGAAUUUACAAAUGUGCUUUAUAAAUGGAAAAAACGAGCAGAUAAAUGUAUUCAAGGUGGUGGAGCACUUGAGCCAAUAUUAGCAAAUAGACGUGAAAUUUUAAAAAUGCUUCCAAAUGAUGAUUCAAGUAAGGCUAUUGGAUAUGAAUAUCUUCAUUCUGCACAACUUGCUCGUUUUGAAAAUAAUUUAAAUAGUUUGUGGUCAUUUAUGACACGAGCAAAACAUUAUCCUGUAAAUCUUGUAAAAUUGGCCAUAGAAGAAGCAGCAUAUCUUGCUAAAAAAAACAAUCAUUCUCAUGCUAUAAAAGUACUUGAUCGUUCUAUAUGUAAAACUUAUCGUGAACUUAACGUGUUAUAUGGACUUAAUAAGACAAAUUGUUUUGAUCCUGACAGAAUGGAUUCAGAAGAACAAUUUUUGGAUGAAGAUAAAAGUAUAUAUCUUAAAGCUCGUUUACAUGAAAUUGAUUAUCGUAUUGCUGCUGGUGUUGGUGAUUUUGAAGAGAUUUUUGUAAUGUUUAGAAAGUUAAUUUCACAAACACCUCCUCCACAACAAGCUGAAAAACUUUGGUAUAAAUGGGCAGUAUUUAUGGAUAAUUAUUAUUCUACAAAAAGUAAAUAUGGUUUUGAUACACGUUCUAUUAGAGAAACUAUUUGUGCUUAUAUAAAUGUUUUAAAUAGUGGAAACAAUUAUGUUCAUCAUGCUCUUCCACGAUUAUUAACUAUUUGGUUAGAUUAUACACAUAAAUAUCAUGAGUUGGCUGAAUGUGCUAGUGUAAAAUUAUUAAAUGAAGUAGUAGUAUCUGCUUUUGAAAAUAAAAUUAGUUGUGCUAUUUCUUAUAAAGCUAUUCAACAAAUUUUUUCAAGAUUAGCUCAUCCUGAUGCAACUGUUUUUCAUGCAUUAAAAUCUCUUGUUAUAACAUUAAUUGAUAAAUUUCCACAUCAAUGUUUAUGGCAUAUUAUGGGUAUAUAUCGUAUGGAAAUAAAAAAUAAUGCUAAUACCAUUCGAAUUUCAAGGAUGAAAGAAAUUAUUCAAUUUGCUUGUACAGAAUUAAAAUUUAAACAAGAUUUUAGGUAUACAGUUAGAGCUUAUGAUUAUUUUUCUGGAACAUUAAUGGAUAUUGGUAAUAAAAAUACUAAAAGUGACAAAAUAAAAAGCAUAGAAAUACCUAGAUUAAAAGAUUUUUUUAGAAAUAGUAAACUUAUUAGUAAAUCUGGAUCUAGAAUUCUUUAUCAAAAAUUACCAAGUCCACCUAAAAUAAUUCUUCCUAUGUCAUUUUUACUUGAUGAUCCUAUUUCAACACCUUCUUAUAAUUGUUUUGCUUUAACACAAAAUGUUAAUAAUGAUGAAAUUUCAUGUUCUCCAGAAACAAUUAAUGAUGUUUAUAUAUAUGAUAUAGAUGAAGAUUUUGCAAUAUUACAAUCAUUAAUGAAACCAAAACGUUUAACAUUAAUAGGAACUGAUGGAAAAAAAUAUCCUAUUUUGUGUAAAGAUUCAGAUGAACUUCGUAAAGAUUUAAGAGCUAUGGAAUUUAAUAAACGUGUUAAUUCAUUACUUGUUCAAAAUCCUGAAGCUAGAAGACGACAUUUACGUAUACGUACAUAUACUGUAGUUCCAUUACAAGAAGAAGGUGGAAUUAUUGAAUGGGUACCUAAUUUAGUUACAUUAAAAUUAGCUUUAUACUCACAACUUCGUUAUAAAGUAGAAAACUUUAAUUCAUUAAAUAAUGAAACUUUUGUAAAGUGGGGAAAAAUGCCAUCAACAUUGGAUAGAGUAAAUUUUAUGAUUCAAAAAUUACCUAGUGUUUUUCCAAAAGUACUAGGAGAAUAUUAUAGAAGACAAUUUGUUGAUCCAGGACGAUGGUAUAAUGCAAGACUUAAUUAUACAAGAUCUUCAGCUACUAUGUGUAUGGUUGGUUUUAUUCUUGGACUUGGAGAUAGACACUGUGAAAAUAUUCUUCUUGAUCAGAAAAGUGGUGAAAUUAUACAUGUUGAUUAUAAUAUUUUAUUUAAUAAAGGUGAAAAUUUAAGAAUUCCUGAAAUUGUACCAUUUAGAUUGACAAGAAAUGUUAUUGAUGGUUUUGGACCAUGUGGUGUUGAAGGUCACUUUAGAACAUCAUGUGAAUUGUCUCUUGCUACAAUGAGAGACAAUAAAGAAAUGCUUUUAACACUUUUACAUUCAUUUAUUCAUGAUCCAUUACUUGAAUGGAGUGGUGUUGAAAGAAGAGCUCAACAAUCACGUAAUGAACAAAAUUUUGGUGGUUUACCAAUGAAAACUGAUCAUGCACCAAUAGAUGCAAAAAAUGCUAUUAUUAAUAUUGAUCGUAGACUUUCUGGAUUUAUAGUAACACCAAUUUUUUUUAAAGAUAGAUAUAAUAAUUAUCCGAUGAGUGUGAAUGGUCAAGUAAAUAAACUUAUCAAUAUAGCUAAAGAUAAUAAAUAUCUUGCUAAAAUGUAUGUUGGUUGGGCUCCAUACCUAUAA